AGAUGAAGUCGAGUUCUUUGGGAAUCUGUUCUGUGCAGCAGCAGAGAGAGAACAGCAGACAGGAGAGAAGAUACUGGAGCUGUUAUCAUCAGUGUGCAGAUAUAAAACAUUCCCUCUUAAUGACAGAAACAUGUAUAAUGAAGCCAAUAAACAUCAGUGUGAUGUCCUGUUGGAUCUGCACUCUCACCUGAAGGACUAUGAGACUAAAACAGGGUUGAGUGUCCUUCCAUCAUUACAGUCAGUUUUCCAGUCAGCUCCUGCAGUCUGGUUCAUAAACCUCUCAGAGAGAAAGACCUCCAUCCUCCUGGAAGUGCUGAAACUCCAAUCAGAGAAGAAACAAGUGGAGCUGACAGGCGGCUCACAUGAAGAGAGUGAAGCGAGGAGUUUCCUACAGUGUCUGCCUUAUAUCUCACAGCUCAGUGUCUUUCAGAGGUUUGAAGGUGAAGCCAAGUUCUUUGGGAAUCUGUUCUGUGCAGCAGCAGAGAGAGAACAGCAGACAGGAGAGAAGAUACUGGAGCUGUUAUCAUCAGUGUGCAGAUAUAAAACAUUCCCUCUUAAUGACAUGGAUGAAUAUGAUGAUGGUAAUGAGAGGGAAUAUCAGUGUGAUUUCCUGCUGGAUCUUUACUCCCACCUGAAGGACUAUGAGACUAAAACAGACUUGAGUGUCCUUCCAUCAUUACAGUCAGUUCUCCAGUCAGCUCCUGCAGUCUGGUCCAUAAACCUCUCAGAGAGAAAUACCUCCAUCCUCCUGGAAGUGCUGAAACUCCAAUCAGAGAAGAAACAAGUGAAGCUGACAGGCUGCUCACAUGAAGAGAGUGAAGUGAGGAGUUUCCUACAGUGUCUGCCUUAUAUCUCACAGCUCAGUUUUGUUCCUCAGUCGUCAGAUCGUUAUGAAGAAACCAAGUUCUUUGGGAAUCUGUUGUGUGCAGCAGCAGAGAGAGAACAGCAGACAGGAGAGAAGAUACUGGAGCUGUUAUCAUCAGUGUGCAGAUAUAAAACAUUCCCUCUUAGAGAGAAAUGGUGGGAUUUCCAGCUGGACCUUUACUCUUAUGGUUGUGAAACAGGCUUGAGUGUCCUUCCAUCAUUACAGUCAGUUCUCCAGUCAGCUCCUGCAGUCUGGUCCAUAAACCUCUCAGAGAGAAAGACCUCCAUCCUCCUGGAAGUGCUGAAACUCCAAUCAGAGAAGAAACAAGUGAAGCUGACAGGCUGCUCACUUGAAGAGAGUGAAGUGAGGAGUUUCCUACAGUGUCUGCCUUAUAUCUCACAGCUCAGUGUCUCUCAAAGGUUUGAAGGUAAAACCAAGUUCUUUGGGAAUCUGUUCUGUGCAGCAGCAGAGAGAGAACAGCAGACAGGAGAGAAGAUACUGGAGCUGUUUUCAUCAGUGUGCAGAUAUGAAACAUUCCCUCUUAAUGACAGAUACAUGUAUUAUGAUGCCAAGAAAUCUCAGUGUGAUUUCCUGUUGGAUCUGCACUCUCACCUGAAGGACUAUGAAACUGAAACAGGGUUGAAUGUCCUUCCAUUAUUGCAGUCAGUUUUCCAGUCAGCUCCUGCAGUCUGGUUCAUAAACCUCUCAGAGAGAAAGACCUCCAUCCUCCUGGAAGUGCUGAAACUCCAAUCAGAGAAGAAACAAGUGAAGCUGACAGGCUGCUCACAUGAAGAGAGUGAAGUGAGGAGUUUCCUACAGUGUCUGCCUUAUAUCUCACAGCUCAGUGUCUCUCUGAGGUUUAAAGGUGCAGCCAAGUUCUUUGGGAAUCUGUUCUGUGCAGCAGCAGAGAGAGAACAGCAGACAGGAGAGAAGAUACUGGAGCUGUUAUCAUCAGUGUGCAGAUAUAAAACAUUCCCUCUUAAUGAAGAGGAUGAUGAUGAAUAUCAGUGUGAUUUCCUGCUGGAUCUUUGCUCCCACCUGAAGGACUAUGAGACUAAAACAGGCUUGAGUGUCCUUCCAUCAUUACAGUCAGUUCUCCAGUCAGCUCCUGCAGUCUGGUUCAUAAACCUCUCAGAGAGAAAGCCCUCCAUCCUCCUGGAAGUGCUGAAACUCCAAUCAGAGAAGAAACAAGUGGAGCUGACAGACUGCUCACAUGAAGAGAGUGAAGUGAGGAGUUUCCUACAGUGUCUGCCUUAUAUCUCACAGCUCAGUGUCUCUCUGAGGUUUAAAGGUGCAGCCAAGUUCUUUGGGAAUCUGUUCUGUGCAGCAGCAGAGAGAGAACAGCAGACAGGAGAGAAGAUACUGGAGCUGUUAUCAUCAGUGUGCAGAUAUAAAACAUUCCCUCUUAAUGACAGAUACAUGUAUUAUGAUGCCAAUAAACAUCAGUGUGAUUUCCUGCUGGAUCUUUGCUCCUACCUGAAGGACUAUGAGACUAAAACAGGCUUGAGUGUCCUUCCAUCAUUACAGUCAGUUCUCCAGUCAGCUCCUGCAGUCUGGUUCAUAAACCUCUCGGAGAGAAAGACCUCCAUCCUCCUGGAAGUGCUGAAACUCCAAUCAGAGAAGAAACAAGUGGAGCUGACAGACUGCUCACAUGAAGAGAGUGAAGUGAGGAGUUUCCUACAGUGUCUGCCUUAUAUCUCACAGCUCAGUGUCUGUUACUCGUUUGAAGGUGAAGCCAAGUUCUUUGGGAAUCUGUUCUGUGCAGCAGCAGAGAGAGAACAGCAGACAGGAGAGAAGAUACUGGAGCUGUUAUCAUCAGUGUGCAGAUAUGAAACAUUCCCUCUUAAUGACAGAUACAUGUAUUAUGAUGCCAAUAAACAUCAGUGUGAUUUCCUGCUGGAUCUUUGCUCCCACCUGAAGGACUAUGAGACUAAAACAGGCUUGAGUGUCCUUCCAUCAUUACAGUCAGUUCUCCAGUCAGCUCCUGCAGUCUGGUCCAUAAACCUCUCAGAGAGAAAGACCUCCAUCCUCCUGGAAGUGCUGAAACUCCAAUCAGAGAAGAAACAAGUGAAGCUGACAGGCUGCUCACAUGAAGAGAGUGAAGUGAGGAGUUUCCUACAGUGUCUGCCUUAUAUCUCACAGCUCAGUGUCUCUGACUGGUUUGAAGAUGAAGCCAAGUUCUUUGGGAAUCUGUUCUGUGCAGCAGCAGAGAGAGAACAGCAGACAGGAGAGAAGAUACUGGAGCUGUUAUCAUCAGUGUGCAGAUAUAAAACAUUCCCUCUUAAUGAAUGGGAUUAUGAUUAUGAGGAAUCUCAGUAUGAUUUCUUGUACGAUCUUUGCUCCCAUCUGAAGGACUAUGAGACUAAAUCAGGCUUGAGUGUCCUUCCAUUAUUACCGUCAGUUUUCCAGUCAUCUCCUGCAGUCUGGUCCAUAAACCUCUCAGAGAGAAAGCCCUCUGUCCUCCUGGAAGUGCUGAAACUCCAAUCAGAGAAGAAACAAGUGGAGCUGACAGGCUGCUCACAUGAAGAGAGUGAAGUGAGGAGUUUCCUACAGUGUCUGCCUUAUAUCUCACAGCUCAGUGUCUCUCAGAGGUUUAAAGGUAAAGCCAAGUUCUUUGGGAAUCUGUUCUGUGCAGCAGCAGAGAGAGAACAGCAGACAGGAGAGAAGAUACUGGAGCUGUUAUCAUCAGUGUGCAGAUAUGAAACAUUCCCUCUUAAUGAAGAGUAUGAUGAUUAUGAGGAAUAUCAGUAUGAUUUCCUGCUGGAUCUUUGCUCCCACCUGAAGGACUAUGAGACUAAAACAGGCUUGAGUGUCCUUCCAUCAUUACAGUCAGUUCUCCAGUCAGCUCCUGCAGUCUGGUUCAUAAACCUCUCAGAGAGAAAGACCUCCAUCCUCCUGGAAGUGCUGAAACUCCAAUCAGAGAAGAAACAAGUGAAGCUGACAGGCUGCUCACAUGAAGAGAGUGAAGUGAGGAGUUUCCUACAGUGUCUGCCUUAUAUCUCACAGCUCAGUGUCUCUCGGAGGUUUGAAGGUGCAGCCAAAUUCUUUGGGAAUCUGUUCUGUGCAGCAGCAGAGAGAGAACAGCAGACAGGAGAGAAGAUACUGGAGCUGUUAUCAUCAGUGUGCAGAUAUAAAACAUUCCCUCUUAAUGAAGACGAUGAUGAUUAUGAUGAUUAUGAUGAUUAUGAGGAAUAUCAGCGUGAUUUCCUGUUGGAUCUUUACUCCCAUUUGAAGGACUAUGAGACUAAAACAGGCUUGAGUGUCCUUCCAUCAUUACAGUCAGUUCUCCAGUCAGCUCCUGCAGUCUGGUUCAUAAACCUCUCAGAGAGAAAGACCUCCAUCCUCCUGGAAGUGCUGAAACUCCAAUCAGAGAAGAAACAAGUGAAGCUGACAGACUGCUCACAUGAAGAGAGUGAAGUGAGGAGUUUCCUACAGUGUCUGCCUUAUAUCUCACAGCUCAGCUGUGAUCCAGAGUUCUUCCAGAGUGUGUGUACGUUGAUCUCUGUAAGAUCCAGAGAGGAUGAGGAGCAGUUGUCCUCUCUGCUGCAGCUCCUGGGGUACACCCUGCAGUUAACAGGAGAGUUACACACAGGAACCUGCAGGUCUGUGGGCAGAGUUCUCAGACUCUGUGGAUCUGAUGUGGAUCUCAUCCUCAAACCCAGAAAGAUGUCUGUCAGAGGAGCCUCCCUCCUCUUCAGACAUACAACACAACUACAUAGUCUGAGUCUCUCCAGUGACAUGGCCUUGCUACUGUUUCAGUGGGUAAGAAGAGGGCGAGCAGCAGGUCUGUUAGCUAUUGAAGAGCUUUCUCUCACCCCUCAGACAGUCCCACCAUCAGAAAGAGUGUUGUUGAAGGUUGUCAGUAGUUUGGCCUCCCUGCUGAGAUACUGGAGCGUCAGACAGUUAGACCUGACUGAGUUCUACGUCCCUGCUCAGGGUCUCAUUCCACUGCUGCUCCACCAUGGUCCUCUAACAAUCAAACUGAGUGAGAAGAUUUCCCUGCAGCUACUCUCCCUGAUCCAUGAAAUCCAGGACAAGGACUUGACCCAGUUGUUCUUGAGUAAGGUUGGUGGAGACCUGAGCUCCUGCUGUCUGAACUGGGAGCUUCUUCACUGUCUGCUGCAGCAGUCUUCAGAUCAGAUCAUCACUGUGAACCUGAGGAAGAACCGCUUCUUACAGGAGAACGUCACACGUCUGCUUCCCUUUCUGGACAGGAUUGUAGUUAAAAGGCCCUGUCCCAGGUUUGUGUUGACUGCCAUCAGAGAGAUCUAUAAAGCUUGUGCCAGUCCCAUUAUACCCAGUUUACUGAGGUCACUGGAUCAUGUGAUCAGCCUGACCUGCAGAGAGAUGGACUCGCUGGACUGUGCUGCUCUGCUCUUCACCCUCAAACACAGUGACAGAGUUAAACUGAACCUCGUGUUUACCUCCAUACCAACAGGACAAAUAGAGUCCAUCCUGUUUACACUGGACAAAGUUUCUCAACUCAGUGUUGACAGGAAUCUGCUGCUGAGGUUCAUCCACUGUUGUGCUGCCUCUGACGCCCAGCAGGGGGCAGCAGUCAGCCUGCUCAGGGCUGUGCAGCACAGGCUGGAUCUGUCCUGCUCCUCCUGUGUGGAUCUGCCAGAGGAGGGUCAGAAUGAGACUCUUAGUCUGACUGCUGAGGAUUGCAGGGCCGUCUCCACCAUCCUGAGACACAGCAGCAAGGACACACAGCUCAACCUGCAGGACUGUGAGCUGGAGGACAGCAGACUGGACCUGCUGUUUCCUGUCCUCGACAGAGUCCGCCUCAGAGCCAGUAAAGCUCUCCUCCUCCAGCUGCUGUCUCUGGUUCCUAUGAAAACUGAGAGGGACACAGUGAGACGGGCAGUGUCCCUGUGUAGAGCCCUGGGUGGAGAGCUGGACCUCAGUCACACCACACUGGAUCAGAGGGCCUGUGAAGCUUUGGCCCAGAUGCUGGACUUCUCUGAAGGGCUGACUGAUCUGGACCUCAGUCACUGUGAGCUCACUGACCAGCUGCUGUUCACACUCAUCACACAUCUGCACAAAGUACAAGUCUUAGAUCUGAGUCACAAUAAGAUUACUGAUGCUGCAGCUCACAUGUUACUCCAACUGGUCUCCAUCAACCCCUCCAUCGACACUGUGCGACUCUUCAGCAACAACAUUGUGGACAGAAAUCCGUUUAAGAAACACCAGCAGUUUGAAAUAUGGUGACCCAGUCGUCAGUGUGGAUAGUGCUCAUCAGGAAUAACUCCUUAAUGUCCAAUGAAAUAUUACUGUAGUCCGAGUACUGAUACUGUGUCUGUGCUCAAUACUUAUACUGAUAAUGAUGACAUGAUAAAGUUUGCUGAUAAUUAUCUGGAGAUCAGUACUGAGAUGCUGUAGUUUUUAUUUUUUAUUAUUUAUAUAUUUAUAUUUUCUUAUUGAGACAAAAUCAUGAGUAGGCCUAAUUUAUCUCUUUGUAUUUUGGUGUAACUGUCUUUAGCCGUAUUAUCAGGGGAGCUCAUGUCAUUUGUAAUCAUUACGAAGGUCGUCUGUGAUCUGAAUCCCGUGUGAAUCUGCCAUGUCUGUAAUUUGUAAUGUAAAAACUUGGGGUUGUAUGUUUUUAUUUUCACGAGUAUCAAAAUGAUACCUUAAUGUAAUAUGGAAUGAAAAGGGCCUUUGUGUGCAUUCUGUGAUUACUGUAAUCUGGGAUUAUGUUUAAUUCAAUGCAGAGAAGAACGACUCUGUAAUAAUAUCUCAGAGUAACGGUACAGUAAAGGUGCUUUCAGGUGAUAAUCAUGUUCAAUACAUUGAGAUAAUAAAUUAUCUGAAGAAAAUUAUCUUUAAAAUGUAAAUAUGAGGAUCAGUUUUCACUUGAGAUUUUAAAUAAAGUAAUGCCAGAGAUAAUAUAAAUAUUUAUAUUCAUAUUAAAAUAACAUUUUCUGAUAUUUUCCUCAUUAAAACACCUCGUUGACUGUAAACUGCAGUGAUCAGUGUUUUCUUGCAAUGGGAAACACUUUUGGUUGCAUAAAAUACUGGUGAAAAACUGAAUUCAACAGUACAGCUGAAUGACUUUGUGUGGGGA